AUGCCGAUAAAUAUGGACGACCCCUUGGGGAUUCCUGAAUGGGCAAUAUUUCUUGCUCUGUUCAACCUUGUUUCGCCAACUCUAGCAGAUGGUUCAAAACUCCCUAAGACUUCCGCUUUUAUCAUGUUUCUUAUGAAACUCCGACUGAAUCUUUGUGAUCAGGACAUAGCUUACAGAUUUGGCAUUCACAGAACAACAGUGUCAAGAAAUUUUCAGCGAGUGUUGGAAGCAACUGCCAUCAGAACAUCACACCUGAUAAAGUGGCCAGACAGAGAGACCCUACGUCAAACUAUGCCUACUUCCUUCAAAAGAUUCUUUAAAAAGUGUUGUGUGAUUAUUGAUUGCACUGAAGUAUUUAUGGAGAGGCCUUCAGAUCUUCUUGCCAGUGCACAAUGUGUUGGUGGACGCAUGUCAGACAAAGAGAUUGUUGAAAAAUCUCAACUUAUGGAACAUUUACUGCCAAGAGACAUUAUAUUGGCUGACAGAGGCUUUCUGUGCCAAGACUAUGCCAGUUUAGUAAUGGCUGAGGUGAAAACCCCUCCGUUUACUAAAGGCAAACGGCAGCUGGAGAAGAAGGAGGUGGACUGGAGUAGAGAGUUGUCUGCUGUCAGAAUACAUAUUGAAAGAGUCAUUGGCGUGGUUAAACAAAAGUACACCAUUCUGCAAGGUGUUCUUCCUCUCUCUUUAAUAUCUGAUGAAAACACUAUUGACAACAUAGUUAAAGUCUGUUGUGGGCUAGUAAAUUUGUGCCCUUCUGUGAUUAGUCAGUAG